UUGCCAGCUCAUGGAUGCUACAACUGUAGGACUGUGCUAACUGACCCCUCUGGAGUUUUCACUUCUCCAUGUUACCCAAGUGAUUAUCCCAAUAGCCAAGCUUGUAAAUGGAUCAUCCGAGCACCUCAUGGAUUCAUUAUACAGCUAACAUUCAGUGAUUUUGACAUUGAAGAAGCACCGGGCUGCAUUUAUGACUCACUGACAUUGGACAAUGGAGAGAGCCCAAUGAACCUUUGUGGCAUCACUGCCAAGGGAUUAUCAUAUAAUUCUACUGGAAAUGAAAUGAUUGUGUCUUUUAAAAGUGACUUCAGUAUCCAAAAGAAAGGUUUUAAUGCCAGCUAUGUACGAAUUGCUGUGUCUCUGAGGAAUCAGAAGGUCAUCAUUCCCCAGGAUCCUGACGCUGAUGCUGUAUCUGUGGCAGAAACAGUCUUGGUUCCAGAGCUCAGCCAGUUCACGCUAUGCUUUGAAGCAACCAAGAGCGGCAGUGAUGACAAUGACGACUGGAAGAUUUUCUCCUACACUGAUGCAUCAUCAAAAGAGUUUUUCGGCUUUGGGAAGACCACAAAAGGCCAUUUUCUGUCCAUCUCAGACACACAGUGCAUACUUGACAAAGCAUUGCCACGAAAUGUGGAGUUUUUCACAGGAACAUUUGAACAGCUUUGUGUCAUAGGGGAUAGUUUCUCGGGUACUAUAGGUGUUUACGCCAAAAACAUCUAUCAUAAUACAUACUGUCCAGAUAUGUUUGGCAAAGUUAUCCCUGGAAAUGGGAGGCUUGUGCUGGGCUCUAACAGCAAUGAAGUGAGCUCUCUAAAUGGAGAUGUUUACAACUUCCGCCUCUGGAAUUUCACCAUGAAUGCUCAAACACUGGCCAACCUCAGCUGCGAUGUGAAAGGAAACAUUGUAGACUGGGAAAAUGAAUUCUGGAGUAUUCCAACUUCAGCACUGAAGGCAGAAAACAAUUUGAGUUGUGGGUCAUACCUAAUUCCUUCUUCUGCAAUUGAACCAACAAGUUGUGCAAACCUAGGAAGCCUUUGUCAAGCUACUGUAAAUGCUACUACUCCUACACCACCCACUGUCACCACUAACAUGCCUGAUACUAAUAGAACCGAUAAGCCAAACAAUGGUGGGCUAUUCUACAGGAUAUCUAUAACUGUCUUUAGUUACAACUCCAAUUCAGAAUCAAAAGUACAUGAUGUGGUUGCAGAAUGGCUAAACCAUACUUUCCAGAACUGGAAUUACACUGUAUAUGUGGUCAAUAUCAGCAUCCAACCUGGUACCAUAAAAGAGGCAGUAAGAGAAAAAAGAAGCAUCGAUAGUAAACGUUUUGAGGUUUUAGCCCUUCUGGUUUAUAAUGCUACCAACAACAUCAAUUUAGAAGAGCAAGACAUCCGACAAAAGCUCAUAAGUAAUAAUGAGUCCAUAGCAGAGGGAUAUAGGCUUCAUACAGUGGAAGUCGAUCCAGUGGAAAAAUGUUUAGCUGAAGAAAACCCUCCAAACUAUUUUUGGCCAGACACCAGACCAACAGUUACCAAUUAUACAUUUUGCCAUGGGAGUUCAGUUCAGAUUGCAUCAAGAACCUGCUAUUUGGGUCUGCAGAAUUACACGUCAUACUGGGGCCAACCAGAUCUUAGAAAUUGCACAGAAAAUGCAGCUGAUAUUGCCAAUCAGCUUCUGAAUCUCACUGGUGAAGGGCAGCAGCUUACCUCAGAUAAAGUAAAUGAUGUUGUCCAGAAACUCAAAAAAAUUGUGAAUGAUGAAGAAAUUGAUGAAUCUCUGGGUUCUACCGUGGUGACAAUUUUUUCCAAUAUUCUAAACAGUUCAGACAGUGUAUUGGCAGCAUCAUCUUCAGAAGCUCUUAAAACUAUUGAUGCCUUGGCUUUAAAGAUCCAAUUCACAGGACCAUCCAUGAGUAUUUCAACGCGCAAUCUUGCGCUUGGAGUGUCUUCUGUAAACUCAACUUCAUUCAAAGGUUCUUCUUUCAGUGUCAGUCCACAGAAUAAUGCAUCUGAUUUCCAGAUAGACUUUGACAAGGAUCAGACAAAUGCCAUUGCUUCUGUCAUUCUGCCACCAAGUUUACUGAAGAAUUUAAGUCAAGAUGAUUUUGAAGUUAUAUCAAGGGCUCAAUUUACUUUCUUCAAUAAAAAUGGUCUUUUUCAGGAUGCAGAAACUCCUGGCAACUUGACCAGUUUUGUGGUGGCAUGCAGUAUUGGAAACAUAACUAUUCGAGAUCUUCAGGAGUAUGUGAAGAUUACAAUUAAACAUACCAAAAUUCAAGAAGAUCCUAAGCCUACCUGUGUCUUCUGGGAUAUGGCCAAAAAUGGUGGCAAUGGUGGCUGGAACCCUACAGGCUGUGAAGUGCAAGCAGACUCCAAUGAAAAUGAAACGGUUUGCUUAUGCAACCACCUCACACACUUUGGGGUACUCAUGGACCUUCAGGGAACCACUACAGAAAUAGACCCACAGAAUACCAAGAUCCUCACUUUCAUCACUUACAUAGGCUGUGGGAUAUCUGCCAUAUUUUCAGCUGCAACUCUUCUGACAUACAUUGCAUUUGAGAAGCUAAGAAGAGAUUAUCCUUCCAAAAUCCUGAUGAAUUUGAGCACAGCUCUGCUCUUUCUGAACUUGACCUUCUUGCUUGAUGGUUGGAUUGCAUCGUUUGACAUAGAUGGCCUCUGCAUAGCUGUUGCUGCACUUCUGCACUAUUUUCUUUUGGCCACCUUUACAUGGAUGGGACUAGAAGCUGUUCAUAUGUACAUUGCUCUAGUGAAAGUGUUCAACACCUACAUACGGAGAUACAUACUCAAGUUUUGCAUCAUUGGCUGGGGUUUGCCAGCUCUAGUAAUAGCAAUUGUUUUAGCGAGCACAAAUAAAAAUGCAAGUCAUGUUUAUGGCAAAGAAUUGUACGGCAGAGAUGCUACUGGGCAAGGAGACGACUUCUGUUGGAUCAAGAAUAAGGUUGUCUUUUACGUGACUUGUGCCGGAUACUUUGGAAUCAUGUUUCUCUUGAAUGUUGCCAUGUUUGUAGUAGUGAUGGUGCAGAUCUGUGGGAGGAAUGGGAAAAGAACUAAUCGAACACUAAAGGAAGAGAUCCUGAGGAACCUCCGUAGUGUGGUCAGCCUGACCUUCCUCUUGGGCAUGACAUGGGGCUUUGCCUUUUUCGCCUGGGGUCCCUUGACUCUGCCCUUCUUAUACCUCUUUUCCAUUUUCAAUUCACUGCAAGGUUUAUUUAUAUUUGUAUUCCACUGCGCAAUGAAAGAAAACGUGCAAAAACAAUGGAGGAGACAUCUAUGUUGCGGCAGAUUCCGACUGGCAGACAAUUCAGAUUGGAGCAAGACAGCAACAAAUAUCAUAAAGAAGAGUUCUGAUAAUCUUGGGAAAUCCCUAUCAUCUAGUUCCAUUGGCUCCAAUUCAACAUACUUAACAUCCAAAUCCAAAUCUACAACAAAUACAUAUUGCAAACGAAGUAGCCAUACAGAUAAUGUCUUCUAAGGCCCUUUCCUCACCACUGGUGGAGUGUUACAGGUAAAGUGAGAACUGCUUUUGUCAGAUGCAUGGUUUGGACAGGGUGAAGGGCUGCCAUUUGCAUGAUGCCCUAAUUGGCACAAAGGACUUUGCUUAUCAGAAUCACUGCUUAUUUCUCACUUUUACAUCUUGCGUCACUGAUGCUGAAUCAAAAGAUAAGCGUGCUUCAGACUCUGAGUUUCUGCACUCUGCAUCGUGCAUGAAGCGUUUGGAAGAUGCUCUUUUAGAAAACAGACCAUGUCCUGAUAUUAAUGUUUGCAUACUGUACUCUGGGGAAAGGAGAUCAAGCACUGAAGAACCAUACACAAAGCAUAUAUUAAAAAGCAAAAACAAACUGAUACAUACCUAGAAAAAAAUCUGGAGAUUUAAAAAAUGAAUUAUAUUAAAAAUAGGAAUUAUGCAGUAUAUCUGGUCAGAGGCCAUUACAGAUUUUAGAAUGACUAGAAGCUACUGUUCUUUCAUAUCCAGCCACACAAAAUGAAUUGGAAUGACUAAGUAUGGAAUUCUGGAAGUUGUACUGUAAAUUGCCAGUUGAAUCCAGAAAGCACAUUUUGUAACACUUGAGACAGACAAAAGAAAUCACUUUUGCACCAUGUGGCAUUGCUGUCUAUGAGCCUAAUGCAAACUUGUUGUAGAUAGUACUUAAAUACUGUAUACAAUGUUUCCAUGGAUUAGAAGUCAAAAUUAGUUCUGCAUAGAAUUCAGUGGUACAACUCCUGUUUGCUUCUUUAUUUACUUCUUUUUACUUCUUUUUAGCUCUGUUUUGAAGUCCAUUCA